CAAGGAAAGCAAAAUCAAAAUGAAUACUUGAAAUCAUUUAAACUCAUCUACUUACUCUUUUUUGUGUAUAAAACUCUAACAGGGUCCUUCAGACAAGUCAAUCUAAGCAAUGACGAAGUGUGGUCUGUUGUUUGCUUGCGUGCUUUAUGGCUUCCUGUUCUUGUCCCUAGCAGCUCCGGAGAGUGCUUCGGUUACUGGCGUUCCUGGGUUUAAUGGGUCUUUUCCUUCAAAACAUUAUGCUGGGUAUGUGAAUAUUGAUGAUGUUAAUAGGAAGAAUCUGUUUUACUAUUUUGUGGUGUCUGAAAGCGACCCGUCCAAGGAUCCUGUGGUUCUGUGGCUCAAUGGCGGUCCGGGAUGCUCGAGCUUUGAUGGUUUCGUUUAUGAGCAUGGACCUUUCAAUUUUGAAGCGGCACAAGCAAAAGGAAAUUUGCCCAAAUUGCAUCUCAAUCCAUACAGCUGGUCCAAGGUUUCAAACAUUAUAUAUCUAGAUUCUCCUGUUGGGGUUGGAUUUUCUUAUUCGAAGAAUGCAAGUGAUUACAAUACGGGUGACUUACAGACUGCCUCUGAUACACAUGCAUUUCUACUCAAGUGGUUUCAGCUAUAUCCCGAGUUCCUGUCAAAUCCAUUUUAUGUUGCUGGAGAGUCGUAUGCUGGAGUAUAUGUGCCUACUCUUUCUUAUGAAGUAGUGAAAGGAAUUGAUGAUGGUACGAAGCCAGUUCUCAAUUUCAAGGGAUAUCUGGUGGGAAAUGGGGUUGCAGAUGAGGAGUUUGAUGGUAAUGCUCUUGUCCCUUUUGCACAUGGGAUGGGACUGAUCUCAGAUGACUUAUACGAGGAGGUUAGCACCGCGUGCAAGGGUAAUUACUAUAACCCACCUACUGCAACUUGUCAAAGCAAACUGUCAAAAGUUGAUGAGGAUCUACAAGAUUUAAACAUAUAUGACAUUUUGGAACCCUGCUAUCAUGACAAUGGUCCAAAAGAAAUCGUAGAUACUAACAUUCGGUUACCAUCCACAUUCCGGAAGUUAGGUGAAACUGAUAGGCCUCUUGCUGUGAGAAAAAGGAUGUUUGGUCGAGCCUGGCCUUUUAGAGCUCCUGUGAGAGAUGGAAUUGUCCCGACAUGGCCCGAACUUCUCAAUAGUUUGAGUGUUCCAUGCAUGGAUGAUGAUGUUGCAACUUCGUGGCUUAAUGAUGCAUCAGUCAGGAAGGCAAUUCAUGCUGAAGAUGCAAGCACCAUUGGUAGUUGGGAGCUCUGUACUGACAAGAUUAGAUAUGAUCAUGAUGCUGGUAGCAUGAUCAAGUACCACAAGAAUAUUACUUCUAGAGGAUUCAAGGCCCUAAUAUUCAGUGGAGAUCAUGAUAUGUGUGUUCCAUACACCGGGAGUCAAGCAUGGACUAAAUCGGUAGGAUAUAAAAUUGUUGAUGAAUGGAGACCAUGGUUUUCCAAUGAUCAAGUUGCCGGUUUUUUACAGGGGUAUGAGAACAACCUUACUUUCUUAACCGUCAAGGGAGCUGGGCAUACAGUUCCAGAAUAUAAGCCUCAAGAGUCUCUGGAUUUCUAUAGCCGGUUCCUGGCUGGAAAACCUAUAUGACAGAAAUACAUGCAAGUUCUGAUAAUUCAGUGACCCAAGAAUAUUCAAAGAAAUAUGACUUAUACAUAUAACAGAGGAUGAUAUAUAUAUAUAUAUAUAUAUUUGAAAGAAAUGGUAUCCUUCCACAUAAUUUUUUUAACUAUCUGAUGUUUUAUUAUUUACUUGGUUGAUACUUGAUAGUCAAACAAAAGAAAUCUGUCAUCAUUAUGCAAGCAUGUAUGGUUCUACCUAUACUGUGAUUAAUACUACCUGUGCUCUUAACUAAUAAAUAUUUUUUUAAUUU